AUUGCAGGGGUGCCGAUACUUUUGGCCAGCACUGUAUGUUGAUAAAAUGCAAUAUAAACAGCAUCUACGUACAGUACAUUAGAGUGCAGUACAGUAUUUAUAUUAUCGUUUACAUGUAAUGAUGCUUUUCAUCCUACAGGAGGCACCAUAGAUCAACCAAGUAAAAGUUUCCUCUGUUGUCCUACACUUUGAUUCGUGUAGAUAGAAACAUACUUAGUAUUUUACUGUUUUCUUCCCGGAGCGUAUCACGCUCGAGUUGGGGUUGAAAAAAUGAAGUUUUUGUUGGUGUCUUUGAUGGUCGUAUGGUUUGCAGAUGCCCAGCUGAGAGGCCGCAAAGCUCGUCCUCUCAUUCCAACCACCAUAGCAAGCCCAGGGGUGUUGUGCACCUUUAAAGACAAGACAUUCAAGCCCGGAGACAGUUGGCAUCCUUUUUUGGAGCCCUUUGGACUCGUUCUGUGCAUACGUUGCUCCUGCACUGAGAAAGGCCACGUGAAAUGCAGUAAAAUUAAGUGUCCUCCUUUGCCAUGUGGCAAGACAGUAGCCGAUCCACAUGAAUGUUGUCCAAGAUGCUCAGACCAGCUCAAGAUCCCCGCAGGUCUGAGAGCUCCAGCGAAGUCGUGCCGAUAUAAUGGAAGCGUAUAUCAACCAGGAGAGACCUUCACUAAGUAUAACCUGACAGCCCAGCCAAGCAACCAGUGUGCCAUGUGCUCAUGUUCUAAUGGAAACAUCUUCUGUGCCAUUAAAACUUGCCAACCACUCAGUUGCUCCUCCUGGGUCACGCUUACAGACACCUGCUGUUUGGCAUGUAAAGACUCCAGCACCACUGGGUCAUCAUCAGCGGAGGAUGGAAACCAGCAGCUGAACAGAGGCGUUAGACAUUCAUUGGAGCAGUGUUCCGGAGAUCAGGACACAGCACAGUCCCCUCGGAUCAGGACUUCAACCAGACACCUGAGCCUCAAUAAACUUAAUCUCAGGGGGGCUUCAGAGACUACUGUGAAGAUUCUAAUGCAAAGGAAGCAACAGAAAGCGUGUUUAUACAAUGGCAAGACGUACUCGCACGGAGACAUUUGGCACCCAGUUUUGGGGAAGGUCCUGGAAUGCAUCGUGUGCUCAUGUAGCGACGGCCUGCAGGAGUGCAAACGCAUGACUUGUCCAAGUCAGUAUGCCUGCCAACAUCCGGUCAAGUUGCCGGGAAAGUGCUGCAAGAUAUGUCCAGAACAUAAAGCUGCCAGUAACCAGACUCAAUGUUACUCAGGCCGCAAAAACAAACUUUUGGUGUAUAAGGUUGACUCAGCUCUGAAAGUUGACUCUCCGGGCACUGUUCGGAUAAUGGCUAUAGAAAGGGCAAGUGCUGCGGAGGUGGAGUUGCUGGUGUGGAAGAUGGUAGAUGGUUUUUUGCAAUUGAUGGAAAUUGGAGAUGUUCAAAGGAAAGAUAUUCAGGACCAUCCGGAAAAUUACACAUUACUAACAACAGUUGAUGAAGAUAUGUGGGGGAAAUUUAUAGACGGACGAGGCAAGUUGGAUCAAACCCAAACCAUUUGUGAAGAUGGCAUUCGGGAGAUGGUGACGUUCCUCAAUCCUAAACAGGUCGAAGGACGAUGCUUGCCUUAACUUUCCAUCUUGGAAUGUGACUGGACACUGUUGGAAAAUAUUAACGCAUACUCAAACUGCAUGGACAUUAUUUGUUAUUUUACCAUGUGGCGACAAGCUACUCGGUAUGUAAAUCUUUUUUUCAUAUACGUAUUUAUUGUAAAUCAGACGUUUUCUCAUGUGUUGUGAAAAACAAAGAAAUUCAAGGAGCCCUUUUAGCUAUGAUAUGUUGUGUUUAGUUAAACACUUUGCAACAAGCAGUGGAACCUUUCAAGUUUAACACAAAACUUUUAUCACUCGUACAUUUUUAAUAAUAAUAAAAAUUAAAAAAAAAUGCAGUAAAAUAUAAAAUAAACUUAUAAUGGAAACAUACUCAAGUGUGGGGUGUGUUACAGCUGAUCACACGCUUCACUGUUAACAUUUUAUAGUUGUAGAAUAAUUAGAAAUUUAACAAAACUUUUAAGUUUGCCUAUGUUCUGUAACUGUAUGUUUGACUUGGGGCCGGCCCAGCCUACACGCAGACUAUGCAGCUGCUUAGGGCCCCUGACCACCAGGGGGCCCCCCCAAUCUGGCAAUUGUUUAAUUUGUGUUCUAUUUUGUUUACUACAGUUUGCUUUAUUUGACUUUUGUGAGUUUUGAGACUUGAUUACAAGCUUAAAAAAGUAAAAGUUCUUCUUUAACUUCUUUCUUUCCUCUUUUAGAAAAAGGUGUGGCGCUAUCCACUGUAAGUACUGACAAUCAUUUGGGGUGAGAAGUUUGAAGUAUGCAGUGCAACAAAAUCUGAUUAAUAUACAAAAUAUGGACGUAUGAGUUGGAUUGCAUGUAUGUGUUUCACAGUACACUGUGACGAAAUGGUGGGCCAAAAAUAUUGGCCCCUUUGCAUUAUUUUGCUUAGGGCCCCCAAAUGGCCUGGGCCAGCCCUGCCCCACAGUACACAUUUUUGUUGACGAAUAUUUUCCUGGGCUGAAUUUUGUUCCACGUAAUCAUAUGUUGUACUUUGGAUGAUUCAAAGGAGCUAUUGAGAAGUAUCUCAGUAUGGAAUUGGAGGUGGAGUGCCGUCAUCUUCACAAGAUGAUGAUUUCCCCAAAUGUACAAUUCAAGGUAAUGCUUGGCAAUGUCAUGUACAUAGUUGAGAGAUCAAGAAUCAAGAAAGAUGCAUAUAAGGUUACAAUUUUAAUACAUUUUUCCAAAAAUAUGGGCCCCUUGGUAUUAUUUUGCUUAGGACCCCCAAAUGGCCUGGGUCGGCCCUGGUUUGACUUGAAAGGUUCCAAUGCUAUUUCACAAUAUUCAUUUUUGUGAAAUGUAGGACAGUACUUACUCAGUCCAAUAUGACAAUGAUACAUCAAAGCCAUAUGUGUAACUGUGGUUAUAAAGGGGCACAUAUUUCUUGGUUUAAAGAUGGUGACAGCUCAUUUGGAUAUGCAAUUAAGAAAACACCAAAAAAUGCAAUCUGUUUGUUGUCAAAACCUUGAACGAUUUUGUUUUCUUUUCUUCUGCUUGCCAUUUCUUUUGGGUUACUUGCCUCGGGCCCUUCUUAAAAUGAAAAAGUACAUUCUCAAAGUUGAGGUUACUUAUAUUUCAACUUUGAAAGUAGGGAAGCAUGAUAUUAUUUUACAAACCGAUAGCUUCUUGCUUCUGAAUGCCAUUAAACAAUAAGCUAUUCAUUUUGCAUUUUCAUAGAUUGGUCAGAACAAAAAAUGCCCCCUUUUUUAAACAAAAAAAACAAACAGAUGUUGCCAAAAAUGCAUAUUUAGCAGCUGUUUGACUAUGUACAGUGGGGCAAAUAAGUAUUUAGUCAACCACCAAUUGU